UCAAAAAUUAUCAUUGAAAAAAAUCUAAAGAGAAGGAAAAAUAAUAAAUUUUAUAUUCAUCAAAAUAUUAUUUUAAUAUUUAUUUGCUAUAUUCUUUCAAAGAUUUUGUACUAAUUAAAAAAUACUAAUGGAACAAAUAAAAAAGCACGACAUAAGAUAUAAUAAUAAUAUUAAUUUUGAGAAAAUAUUUUAAUUGAAAAUAACGCUGUUAUAUAGAAAGGAGUAAACUUAAAGAAUUUCCAAAGAUAAAACAUAAAAUUAACUUUUAUUUAAACCUAACUAUUUUAUUCGUAUAAGACAUAGAAUUAUUUGAUCAUUAGAAAAUGUUUAUUUUGGCAUUAAUUAUAACAUUGCAAAAUGUUUUUAUUGGUGGUCACAUGGUAAAAAGUGAUAUGAUUGACGGCAUAUUAGAUAUUGUCCACAGAGGUGAGAGUAGCGUUACUGCAGAAGAUCAUUUGCAUGCUGAAACUCAUCCCAAUAUUAAUUCCGAAGACAACAGUCUGGUAUCAGAAUUAUAUAAAAGUUUAGCGUUUUACCCACCAACGCUUAAUUUUGGUUCGGCGCCAAUUGGUUCUCCAAAAUCUCAAAUGGUGAUGCUAGUCAAUAAAAACACAAAUCGUAGUGUAUAUCUAAGUUCAAUAUCAGGAAAAACAGCAACAUUUUAUAGCUCUUUUUUCGAAGAUAAAAUCGUACCUCCUCAAGGGAAUACAACAUUCAAUGUUGUAUUUUUACCAAGAACAUAUGAUAGUGUGCAGACAUCUCUACUAAUUCAUACUUCUUUUGGUCAAGCUAAGUUACUCGUCAAAGGCCAAGGGAAAGAAUGUCCUUAUAGAUUAAAACCAUUAGUGGGAAUCAAGUCACCUUUUAAUGCAACUUUGAGGCCAGAAAUACUUAUGUACAAUCCACAUUCGAAACCUAUUCAAAUAUUAGAGGUUUAUAGUAGCGGUGGACAAUUUCAGUUAGAAUUACCAAGUGGAGGUCAAGAAGGGCCUCAGGCACUCUGGGAAAUCCCACCAUUAUCAACAAAACCUGUUAUACGAAUAAAGUUUCAUGCAAUAGCCCCCGGAAAUCAUACUGCAUACAUUAGAAUAAAAAUUUCUUCAGAAAGUGAGUCGACUAAACUUACAGCAUCUGGAAAUUUAACUUCUGAAAAUUUGGAAGAUAGUAAAAAAACAAUAAUUGUAGAAGAUAAUCAUAUACUUGUUGUACCAGUAGAAAUAGAAGUAUACGAAAAUCAUGGUAUAUUUUCCUCUAAUCCUGUAAUAGAUUUUGGCCGUAUCACAACAACGGAAGAAAUAAAAUCAAUAAAACUAAAUUUAACUGAUUCGACAGGAAAGCAGUCUUUUAAAAUUUUAGACUAUCAAUUAAAAAAUGUUAAUAGUCUAAUAAAAAUUGAUAAAAAUAAUUUAAAUUUAACAAUUAACCCAAAAAGUGCUAAAACGAAUUGCAUAAUUAAUGGGGAAUUAAUAUUACAACAGACAUUAAGUGAUAUGGAGGUAUCUAAUAACUCAUUUAAUAUUUCAGUCCCUGUUAGAGCUGAAAUUUUCAAAGGGUCGCUAGAUUUUAAUUCAAGUUCUACAAUUUUUAUAACGGGAUUUAAAAAUUUUACAAAAGCAAAAAGAUUUUUUUGGGUUGAAAAUAAAUUUGAUGUACCUAUAAAUAUUAUAAAUUAUGCAGUGGAAGUGAAUGUAACAAAUGUAUAUAGUAUUGUAGAGUUACAAAAAUUUCCCAUUACAAUACAACCAAGUCAGAAGGUCGAUCUAUUUAGUAUAAGUAUAUUAAAUGAAACAUCAACAUUAAAUUCAUUUUUGCGAAUCGCAACUAAUUUAACUGUUCAUGAAAUACCAUUUAUAAUAGCAAGUGGAAAACUACAAAUGCAUACAUCUUUUGAUCAAGAAAGUUUAAUUUCAUUACCAGAUGCAGCCACUCUCGAUUUUGGUACAGUACCUUAUGGUGAUUAUUCUCAUUCAGGUUUUAUUUUACUAAAAAAUUUAAAUCCAUUUCCUAUACCAAUUCUUGAGUGGAAUAUAAUUGCACCAACGGGGGUUAAUUAUCAUUCAACAUUUUGGGGUUGUUUAAGAAGAGGAAUAUUUAAUGAUAUUACUAAAAUAAGUGAAGAAAUCGAGAUUAGAUCUAGGUCGAUUCAACGUGAGGAGUUUACUAUGUGCCAAAACAUAUCGUCGAAUAAUAUGGCCGUAUUUAGGUUAGGUGUCCAAUCUUUCAAUGUAAAGGCAUUUUCCGCAUUAUUUAAAAUAUGGACUGAAUUUGAAGAAAUAGUUACCAAUGUAAAAUUUGUUACUGUGAUGGGUAGAUUGGAGAUUGAUCAAAGUAAGCUACAUUUUAGCGACUGUUUCCCGGGAAAACGAUGUUCUGCAGAUAUAUCAAUUCAUUCAACAUUUCUGAAAACAAUGGGAGUAAAUGCUAUUACGGUUAAUGUUCCUGGUCUAGAUUUUGAUGAACCUAGUUUUCCUAACAUAACAGCAAACGCAAUAACAAACCUUGGCCGGAUAUAUUUUGAUCCCAAAGCAGUUUGUGCACAAAAUUGUUACAUUCCUUAUGAAACAUUAAAUUUUGAUGAAUCAGAACUUAGAAGACGUACAGAAUUAUUUAGACGAUUUAAAUGGAAUUUACAACAAAUUGUAUUCAAGUUAAAUACAAGCGAGGUUCGUUUGUUUGAAUUUAAGUCUACUGUAGAUAUUAUAUGGCCUAAAUUAGUUAAUGGAAUUCAAACUUUACCGACUGUUGAGGUAGGGCAAGUUUAUAGUGCUAAAAUACGAAUAAGCAAUCCUUCAGAUCAACCUAUAAUAGCAGAAAUAAAUUUAUCAGACCCUCGUAAAGCAAAAGCUACGAGGCUUUCAUUGCCUUUAGAAGUAGUCGAAAUAUGUGUACAUUGUUACUUAACUGAUCAAGACGUAUUUCAAUUAGAUGAUAAAAAAUUAUAUAUAGAACCUAAUCAGUAUCAAGAGGUUGAUAUAAGAUUCAAUCCAGUAGAUCCAGGUGUUUUUUCUACAUUAUUACAUAUACGUAAUAAUUUGACACUUUAUGAAGCUGUUUGGAUAACUACAAAAUCAGUUCAGCCUCAAUUUCGCUUCGGAAACCGAAAACCUGGCUCUUUAACACCCUUGUUAUUUGAAAUUAAUGAAAAACAUUUAACAAGUUGCGAAGAAGCAGUUCAAAAUAAAGAUAGAAUUGAAUUUUUGAAAAAUUAUAAAGCCAAAGAACAGGAGGACGUUAUUUUACGUAAGGUUAUAAGAAUGGUUAGUACUAAGAGAACUUUUACUGCACGCAACACAGGAGAAGUACCUAUUUGGAUAGAAAACUUUCAAAUUGGAGAUAAAAUUUGUGAAGGUUAUGGAUUCAAAAUAAUAGAUUGUAGUAGUUUUGAACUAAAAGCAAACUCUUCAAAGAAAAUUGAUAUAGCUUUUACACCUGAUUUUACAUCAGCUAGAAUAACUUUACCGUUAAUAUUAAAAACAAAUCUUUCAUAUUCUGUGAAUUACACAUUAGUGGCAACUAUUCCUUCUGGGUCAUUAGAGCAGUGCUCCAAAAUGUUAAUAAUAAGACCAGGCUGGGAAUAUUACAUACAAAAAAUGUCAAUUGUUUCUUUAGUUGUAGCUUUUAUACUUGUUUUGGUUGCGGCAUUUUUUGAAUCAGAUAAAAUUCUUAAAGAUCACGUAAACAAUAUGGCAAAAGAUAAAGGUCCCGUUCUUCCUGCACUAGAUUUACGAAAUAUAGCAAUGCGUUGUAGCACAGAAAAGGAAGAUAACAGCGUUUCUGCUGAAGCAAAUAGUAUAGCUAAUGCAGAUAAACAUCAAGUCUAUUCAGGAAAUGGAAAAAUCAAUGUUAAUUUGAAGAAACGAGCCUCAAAAAAAGUGUCAAAUGGAAAUACAUACUCUGGAAAUGUUAUCAAAGAUAAAACUUGGGCCGAAGAAUUGGUUAAAAAUUUUUCAGUUUCAGCUGCAAAAAAAUUAGAUGAUCAAUCUAACAACAAUACGAAAGGUUCAGCCGAAAAACUUACGAAUUAUGGAAUGUCAAAUUCUACAAAAGCGAAAGAUUCAAUUGGUGAAAAAGUUACUCCACCAAAACUUACAAAGUUAAAAGAGCCAUCUCUAGAUCAAAAAUCAAAAGAGAACAAAAAAUUUGUUGAACCAACUGAAAAAAAACAAAAUUCAGAUUCUUAUGCAGACAGUAAAAGAUCAAGAUUUGCAUUAAAAAAGACAAAAUCAGCUCCCCUACCAGCUUCGAAUGAUUCAUCUAGCAAUACUUCAGGCUCUCCUGUAAAUCCUUAUAAAUGUGAUAUCGAAUCAAAAUUAAAACCUAAAUUAGCUAAAGAAAAAUUACCAGAUGUUGUUAAGCAAACAGAAAUUGCAUUUUUUAAUAAGAGCGGAAGUAGUACAACAAAUAUUAGUGAUAACGAAGAUUUAUUGGGAUCUACUGAUGUCCACAGUUUAAGUGAUAACAAAACAAGUGAUUCAAUUGGUAAAAAGUAUGGUAAAACUCCUGGAAGAGAAAGAAAAAAAGAUACUGAAAAAAUAUCGAAACGUUCUGAAAGAAAAGUGCCAAAGUUUAAGGGUAAUGCUUUCCAAUUUACUUUGCCUAUUACUUCAAAUGGUAACUCAAGCAUGAAUCCUUCGAACAAAUCAUCUAAUGACAUAAAUUUAUUGAAUAAUGUUUGGAGUUCCAACCAAGCCAGUUUUAGUCACGUUGUUGCACAAAAUGGAAGAGCUUCUCCUUAUUCAGAAAGUAAUCAAUUGCUAAACACAAAUGAUAUUAAAUGCGAUUUCGAUGGCAAAACAUCGGAAGAAAAUUUUAUUUUUGGAACUUCCAUUUUUAACGACUACAAUGAUUGGAAUGAAGCUGAUUUGAAAAAUCAUGAAACAUUUGGGUGUGAUCAAAAUGAGGAAAAUAAAAGAAAUUCAGUUGAUCUAGGUCCUAUCGGCACAAGAAAAUCGCCAUCUUCAACACCAACAGUUUGGGAACCACUGCAACAAGCUAUUUUAGAAAACCCUAAACCCUGUCUAUCUAAUAUAAAUUCUUCAAGUAUGAAUAAUACUAGUUUUUUUUCUAACACUUUUUCGAAUGGGAAUAAUUUCGAUUGUUUGACACCCAAUUCUUUUGGUGGUGAUCCUACCGAACUAUUGAAUUUGUUAAACACAAAUAGAUGGCAAUCCGAUGAAAUAUUUUUAACCUUGCUUCAACAGCAGCAGCAACAGCAACAACAACAAAUUAAAUUACAACCUAACAAUUGGCCAUUAGAAGAUAAUCGACGUUGGACUCCAAUGGGUUACCAAAGUGAACGUAAUAAUAUUUCUGCAAUUUGGACACAAGAACAACAGGCGCAAUCAAACCAAUCCCAAUCUGUGGGUUCAUCUCGUCCCCCACCAGGUUUAAGUUUACCUAAACGAGAUUCUCCAUCAUCCCAAAUGGAAAAACAAUUACAACAUCAACAACAAAUUCAACAAUUUUUAAUGCAACAACAUCAGCAACAACAACAACAUCAACAACAACAAAAACAGCAAAUUCACUCACAAAACAACAUGAAUAAUUUGCCAAAUAUUUCGAAUUCUCAAUUAUUUCAACAGACGUCUCAAAACUUGUUACUUCAACAACAGCAACAAAAUCAACAACAACAUUUACUGCAACAACAGCAACAAAUGCAACCAUUCGACCCAUUUCGAUCUUGGAAUUCGGUUUGGUCAAACACUUUUACUAAAAAUAAUGAUGUUAAUAAGCAGUAAAAUGCAAAAUAUACCUUUUAAUAGUAGGCACUUUUUGCUAAACUAGUAUUCCCUAAUUGAUAUUAAAUAUGUAAUAUAUUUUAAAUUUGAGUCCCUAUCAAUUUUUAUGUGGAAAGAUGUGUGUUUUUUUUUUUAUAAAAAUGAAUGAAUGAAUAUUAAUUUUACAUUUAAUUAUAGUUAUUUUUUAUUCUUUAAAGAUUUGUAUAAAUCAUUUUUUUUUUUUGAAUUUUUCUUAUUAGUUUUAUCCCAUUUAAACGUAUUGAAUUUCCUGAGAUUAAUUUGUAAAAACAUUUUGAAUUGGUAAAAACUUUUUAAUAGUUCUAUUAAAACAAUAGAAAAAAAAAAGCAAAUUAAAGUUAUUUGCAAAAUUAGUUCUGAAAAACGAACGCCCUUUCUUAUUAUUUUAAUUAACAAGACCCCAUCGAACUAAAUUUAUAUUUGUCAAAGACGCUCAAAUAAUAAAAAAGGUUAU